CGUGCGUGCGAAUCCCGCCAAGGCGGGACUUCCUGUCUCUUCAGGGUGGCGGUCAUUUUGGCUCCGCGAGGGUCUUUUCAUUCCAUCAGAGGCUCGAGCGUGGUGGGUCCAGGAAUACCUGCUGGAACCUAGAAGGCGCGAGAGUCGUGGUCCCGGGCCGUACAGUCGCUAGCGUGAGGCUCAGCAACGCCUCCCGGGUGACCCCUGCCAGGGCUGGGACAAGGACCGCGGUGUCCGGGACCCCGUCCUCUCCUGCCGCUCCCGCCGCUCCCACCUCACCCACAGAGCGAUGGCGGCGGCCGAGCAGAGGCGCCAGGCUGAAGUUUGUGUGACCCUUGAGGAUGUCGCCGUGUAUUUCUCCAGGACAGAAUGGCGCCUCCUUGAUGAGGCUCAGAGACACCUGUACCUUGAUGUGAUGCUGGAGAACUUUGCUCUUGUAUCCUCACUGGGUUGCUGUUGUGGAGCAAAGGAUGUGGAGGCACCAUCUGAACAGAGCAUUCCUGUGGGAGUGUCACAGACCAGGACUCCAAAGGAACCUCCAUCUUCCCAGAAGACCCAUCCUUGUGAAAUAUGUGGUUCGGUAUUGAGACACAUCUUCCACUUGACCGAAAAUCAGGAAACACUACACAGCCUGAAACUGUUGAGAUGUGGGUCAUGUGCAAAACAAUUUGAUUUCAGUGCAAACUGUCAGCAGUACCAGGAGCAUCACACAGGAGAAAAACUCUUUACAAAUGAUGUGAACAGAGCCUCAUUUGCAAAGAGCUGCAAUUUCCCUAAGUCACAGAAGCCCAUUACCUGUGAGGAGGUUGGGAAAGACUGCAUGACCACCUCAGGACAUCUCCAGCAACAGGCGACUCACACCAGAGAGAAGCCAAACAAAAUCUCCAGAAAUAAAGUGUCUUUUCAAAGCAUAAAAAGUAGUCGUACUUGGGAAGAACGCAAGAAAGCCCUUAGUCCAAAAAACACACUUGUUCAGGAUUCAGGUGUGCACGCUAAAAGACAGUGUUUUACGUGCCAUGAGUGUGGGAAAACAUUCAGGUACAAAUCUUCAUUUGUUAUUCACCAGAGAGUCCACACUGAUGACAAAAUUCGUGUUUGUGAAGACUGUGGAAAAUCCUUUAGGGGAAGCUUAACUUUCAGUCAACACCGAAGAAUUCAUUCUGGGGCAAGGCAGCACAAGUGUGGCAAAUGUGGGAAAUCCUUUAACCAAAAAUUCGUCCUCAUUUAUCCUCAGAGAAGUCACACUGGAGAAAGUUGUUAUGUGUGUUGUGAGUGUGCGCCAUCUUUCAGGCAUAGCUCUGUUCAUAUUCAACAACAGACAGUUGAUACUGGAGAAAUGAGUUUUGAGUGCACUGAAUGUGGGAAAUUCUUUAAACGAAAAUCUGACCUCAUUGAACAUGGCAGAGUUCACACAGGAGAAAGGCCUUAUGAGUGUGAUGAAUGUGGGAAAUCUUUUACUUCUAGCUCUGCUCUCCGUUAUCAUGAGAGAGUUCACACUGGAGAAAAACCCUAUAAAUGUAGUGAAUGUGGGAAAUCCUUUACCUCUAGCUCUGGCCUCCGUUACCAUCAGAGAGUUCAUACAGGAGAAAGGCCAUAUGAGUGUAGUGAUUGUGGAAAGUCUUUUACUCAAAUAAAUCACCUCAUUAUACACCGAAGAGUUCACACAGGAGAAAGACCUUAUGAGUGCAGUGAAUGUGGGAAGUCCUUUAGCCACAAAUCUUACCUCUCCCAACACCAGAGAGUUCACACUGGAGAAAGGCCUUUUGAGUGUAGUGAAUGUGGGAAAUCUUUUACCUCUGGUUCUGCCCUCUGUUAUCAUCAGAGAGUUCACUCUGGAGAAAAACCCUAUGAAUGCACCGAAUGUGGGAAAUCUUUUACCAAUGGACCGAUACUCAUUCGACAUCGUAGAGUUCACACAGGAGAAAGGCCUUAUGAAUGCAGUGAAUGUGGGAAGUCAUUUACCCAAAGAAAUCACCUCAAUAUACAUCAGAGAGUUCACACAGGAGAGCGGCCUUAUGAAUGUCGUGAAUGUGGAAAAUGUUUUACUUCUGGCUCUGCCCUUCGUUAUCAUCAGAAAGUUCAUAUUGGAGAAAGGCCUUAUGAGUGCAGUGAGUGUGAGAAAUCUUUUACCUCUAGCUCUGCCCUCCGUUGUCAUCAGCGAGUUCACACAGGAGAAAGGCCUUUUGACUGCAGUGAAUGUGGAAAAUCUUUUAGGGAUAGUUCCCAGUUGAAUCAACAUCAGAGAGUUCACACUGGAGAAAAACCUUAUGAAUGUGCUGAUUGUGGGAGAUCCUUUAGCCAGAAUUCAUACCUCUCUAAACACAGGAGAGUUCACACAGGAGAAAGACCUUAUGAGUGCAAUGAAUGUGGAAAAUCUUUUACUUCUGUCUCUGCCCUUGGUUAUCAUCAGAGAGUUCACACAGGAGAAAGGCCUUACAAGUGCAGUGAGUGUGAGAAAUCUUUUACAAAUAGCUCGAUACUUAUUAGACACCGGAGAGUUCACACAGGAGAAAGGCCCCAUGAGUGCAGUGAAUGUGGGAAAUCCUUUACCCAAAGAAUUCACCUCAUUAUUCACCAGAGAGUUCACACAGGAGAAAGGCCAUAUGAAUGCAAUGAAUGUGGGAAAUCUUUUACUUCUCGUUCUACACUCCAUUAUCAUCAGAGAGUUCACACGGGAGAAAGGCCUUAUGAUUGUAGUGAAUGUGGCAAAUCUUUUAGCAGAAAAUCUAACCUUUCUCAGCACAUGAGAGUUCACAAUGGAGAAAGGCCUUAGAUGUGUAUAAAAUGUACAGGGGUUUUUUUGUUGUUGUUCAGUGUUAACUACACAGGAGGAAACUCUGAGGCCCUGUUUGUCUGAAUUAUACUCAUGCAUCCAAACAUCAACGGAAGGGAGGUUCCCCAUAAGUUCUUGUUAUGUGGGAACCACGUGUAUCUGUGUUGCACUUUUUAAUUGACACAGAUCUUUUGCAGAUUUAUGUCACUCAAAAUUUCUGUGGUUGAAGCUAUUUUACUUGUAUUACCUUGCAGGUCCCCACAGUUCUCAUCAGUCACUGUCGUAAUGUCCUCAGGGAAGCUAACUCUGUUCUCUGAUUUGUUGGAGGGAUUUAGGAGUAGCCUCAGCCCUUAGGAGAUCUGCAUUUCCUUUACUCUGGCUAGUUGAGGCGUGGACCUGACCCAUUGUUGACCACGGAAAACAUCAUCUGAAUUCAGCUGGCAGCUUGAGAAGGACUGUUUUCUUCAGGGACCUGGUUUCCCUAGACACCUGUGAUGAAUAUGUUCAGUGUUGAAGUCACCAAUGCAGGAACUGCCAGGUCCAUGUCUCUUUGGUUUGUAAAAUAAUGAAUGUCUUAUUUUUUAAGUACCCUUUAAUCUUGAGUGUUGUAUUUUUGUGUGGGGUUUAUAAGCAGAUGUGGGCUCUACAAGCAUGAAGAGGUGAGCAACCUUUAUGGGGGUCUCAAAGUUUCUCUGCCUCAGAUUGGGUGAUAUGGUCACAGCAAUUAGGUCACCAUUUUUUACCAAAUUUGUAUUAUUGCCCAUGUCCUCUUAGGAAAGACUGCAGGGCUUCCUGGUCACGUGAAGCCAGGAUGCUAUAAGUUCAAGGAGACUCAAAAAUCACCUGAGGAAGGGCAUGUGCGAAAAACUCAAGUCCUUCGAGUAGCAUGAAUUUACCUGGUUCACAGGGUGUGUCAGUACUUUUGAAGGGAAUCACUUUCAAAGGUCUUAAAAUGAGCCAUGUGCCCUGUUAUCUACAAUACCAUAGGUGGUGGUCACUUGAUUGUAGGACAGUAGAAGUUAUGGGAAGUUAUGGUUGCUAGAGAAUCACUAUUCUAGUAGGGGUUGGAGGAGACUGCCCCCAACUAGAUGGAAUGUGCCUCUUGGAAACAUGUAUCAAGAAGUGUAUUUGUGAAAAAGAUGGCAGGAGUGGUGAGUUCACAAAUCUGAGACUCUCCCAACUUGUUUGUCUUCUGUGGCCCAAGUCAUUUUCAUUGAAAAUAAUCUAAAGAUUUUGUGAAUUUCUGUAGGGCCUCAGAUGUUCACCUCAAGACAGUUGGUGCCCAGGCAGGAAAUCAAAGGUAAAGAAAAGGGGUAUGUAUAGUCCAGGGAUGUGGCUUUUGUGACCCAGUCAGCAUUCCUGGUUUGCUAUAUUCUGUCAUUGUUUGCUCUAUGUGCUGUCACUAAGGCAAGACUGACCACUAGAGGGCAUGAACACAUGAAUUGAAUAUAGUUGCCAAACCUAUUUUUUAAAAAGUUGGAUACACAAUUUUCUUUUUUAUCUUUACAAUUUUUAAAAAGCUUUAGUAUGGUAUAAUACACAUGUACUAAAUGAUAUAUUUCAAGUAUAGUAUCUGAUGAAGUUUGACCUGUGUAUUAAAAUGAAACCAUCACCAUAGCCAUAAUACUGACCAUAUCUGUCACUGUGUAUUUACUUAAUAUCUUUUUUUAUAAAGAUUUUACUUAUUUAAAUUUUUUUAGAGAGAGGGGAAGGGAGGGACCUAGAGAAGAAGAGGAACAUCCAUUGGUUGCCUUUCAUACACACCCCCAAGUGGGGAUCUGGCCUGAACCCAGGUAUGUUGUACCCUGACUGGAAUCAAACUGGUGACCUUUUGGUUCCCAGGUCUGCGUUCAAUCCACUGAGCCAUACAAGCCAGGGCUACUUCAUAUCUUUUAAAAGCCUCUCUCCCUGCCCUUCACAGCUCUCCCAAGUAACCAUUAGUUACUUUUUAUUUUAAUGGGUAACUUUACAUCUAGAAUUUAUAUGACGGGGAUCACAGUAUUUUUUCUGGUUUAAUUUAUGUUGCAUAAAUACUAUAAAUACUUGGAGAUGUAUUUAAUGCUGUAUUAGCACAUCUUUUGCUGAGAAAUAUUCUUAUCUUCAAAUGUAUUACCAUUAGUUUAUCCACUCAUUUAUGGACAUUAGGUUAUUUCUAAUUUUUGACUAUUGAAGAUCAAGCUGGGAUAAACAUUUCUGUAUAAUUCCUUACAUAGAUACAUGUUUCUUUUACGUUUGUCAAUAAUUCAGUGCACAGUGCACUCUCAGUCUGAGUCGUAGAGUAGGUAAAUGUUUAAGUUACCAAAUUGUGAUCUAGACUAAUUUUACCUUUUUGCAUUCUCCCAGUAGUGUAUGAGGGGCCCAAUACCUUCAUAUCCUAGAGAAUAUUUGGUUUGGCCAAUUGUUCUUUAUGUCAACCCUUUUAAACUUUGUCACGCUACCUCACUAGUUACAUUUCCCUAAGGAUUUAUGGUAAGCCUUGUUUCAGAUGUAUAUUUGCUAUCUGUGUAUGUUUGGUAAAAUGUCUGAUUAUAUGUUCAACCUAAUCUGCUAUGAAUUUUGGCAAUUUUCUUUAACAAAAGGACAGUGAAACAAGAAAGAUGCAUGUUGGAAUUUCAUUCAUUUUGUGCCUUUUUCAAUAUAGAAUAAUUGGUUUUAUAUUGGAAUAAUAUAUUCUAAUAUUUUUUUAAAAUUUUGUCCUCUGCACAAAUUAAUGAACACUUUUAACCUGAUCUGAUAACAUUUUUCUGUUAUUUACAAAAGUCGAGACAUUUAAUAAUACAGUAAGCUCUUGCUUUGUAGUGUUCUCCCAUUUUUCUGGUCUGCUAUCAUGGUGGUUAAUAAGUUGCAACAGGACGCUCAGGGGGACCAGAUGGCAUGUAGAUGGAGUCCCAAAGCCCAUUGGAGGGGAAAAUAGGAGGGCAGUGAUCUCUUCCCAUAUGCUCUGGUCAGGAAGCCUGGGUUUGGAUCCCAGAGCCCCAGAUAUCAUUGGGAGUCACAGAGAAAUGAUGCUCCCUCUGCUCCUGGCCUGUUUUUUCUUCAGUGUAAAAUGGGUAUGUCUUCAUACCUGAGUUGCUGGAGGAGGUCAAGAGCUAAAGUUUCCAUUUGCAGUGCAGAAGCUGCACCUGCAGUCUGCCUGGGCUUAGGCAAUUCCAGCCUCCGACUGCGAGACAUUCUCAGGCCAGGCACCCCUCAUUCCCUUCAGUGCCCACAGGCCCUGUUUUGGGGUGCCUAUGAGAAAUAGGGCUUUUCGCAACCUGCUGAUUCACCUGCAGGAAGGCAGGUGCUGCUGGGCACAGAGAUAUCACUGUGGGGUCUUUCCCCAGGAAACUCCCAAGUGACUUGCUAGAGCUCCUUCAGUCUCAAUUGGCUUAAUGUGAGAUUCAGGUGAUGAUAACUCUUACCUUGGUUUUUGAAGAUCAAUAGAAGUAACAAAUUCAGUACUUGUCGAUGCCAGGAUUCCAGGGUUAACUUGUUGGGCAUUUUUAAAUUUUUGGAACCACCUAAAAAGUGAAACUAAUACUGAAUUGCUGAGAAAAUUCAGCAUUAGAGAAAUAUAGAAGGUUCUCCAAGUUUACACAGCAGACAAGUGUCAAUUCCUACCUGGGAUUCUGGCUUCAGAAUUAGGCACAAUCUCUACCACUGCUUGUGAAGCCUGUGGGGCAGGUACACUGUUGCUGCCUCUGCCAUUUGCAUUGUGUCUAUUAUCAUGAUUUUCCCGCCAUUCCUUUGACAUUCCAGUGCACUUACCAUCUGACGUGAAGUCCUCUCAGGAAUGUUGUUGUCUGUGUCAUCUCCAGUGGUUUCUUCAGGGGAGUCUUCUUUGAGUCUGAGUUGCAAUUUGCCUCCCUUUUGAGACCAACACAGAGUUUUGCCCUCUGGACACCUCAGUGAUUAGAGCCUGCGUCUCUCUUCCCCUCAUUUUUUGGUGACAGGCUUGGAUCCCAUCCACUGUGGUGAGUGUGGUGCCUUAGUUUGACUCUUGAGAUGGUCUGGUACAUGACAUUGACAUUGACCCUACAGGAAUGUGGACAGCUGGACCAUGAACCCUGGCACCCAGUAUUCAGAAAUGAUAUUUGAGACCUGCAGGAUCCUGGUCUCGUGUCCUUCUAUAGUCUGUGCUUGGUGGCUGGAUGAGAAAGUAGCACCUGCCGUGUGUUUCCUACAGGCUUGACCAUGUUCUGGACUAACAUCCUCCUUUCCAGUCUCCCUGUGUUUACUUGCUACGCUCUGACCAGCACUGAAAUCCUUACGCCAGAUUCCCGGAGAUGGGAGCCAGUUGGGCAAACUGUUGGGUCAUUGUGACCAUGGCACAGUUAGCGGUGGGUGGGUGAUGGACUAUUGUGAAUGUAAGAAACAUCGAAACCUGUACGAAUUUAUUACAAGUUUAUUUGAGUCAAAUGAUGACAACUGCUGGGAAGCAAAACCUCAACAGAUUGAGAAAAUGCUCCAGAGAAUGGCAGUUCUGCAGCUUGCCUUAUAUAUUACAAUUAAAAGAGAGGAUGUAAAUGGGUUAUGUGAUAUCCAUUAGUGAUAGAAUAGCCAGGUGGGAGGAACUCUUGUAAUUGGAUAAAAAGCAAAAUGACAGAAACCGUUUUUUUAAAUGGGUGGGUACAGGAUAAUUAACAGUCAACAAUUAACAAGGAGAUUUGUGGUCUCCACUAGCUGCACUUUGAAGAUUCUAGAAAAAGCAAGUUGUUCUGACUUUUCAAAGGUAUGUUAAUCAUAGAUGCCGAAAGACAAUGCACGCCCUGCCUGGUGUGGCUCAGUAGAUUGAGUGCCGUCCUGCAAACCAAAGGGUUGCUAGUUUGAUUCCCAGUCAGGAUGCAUGCCUGGGUUGCAGGUCAGGUUCCCAGUGGGGGUGUGCAUGAGAGACAACCACACAUUGAUAUUUCUCUCCUCUUCCUCCCUUCCCCUUUGCUAAAGACAAAUCAAGUCUUUUUUAAAAAAAGACACUACACAGCUUACAAUGAAGAUUGACUUUUGUCAGGAAAGAUUGUAGCCUGUAACAUGAUGACCUGCCAUAAACUGCUUUUAGUUAAUAUGUAUCAAUUUCAGACCAUCCUUUGUGGUUACUUUAGGACUCUGAGUUAAUAAGGCUACCAUGCAGGCCUCCCCUGAGCUUGGCAGGUUUAGUAUGUGGCCCCUUUGCAUUCACACUGUUCUAAAAGAACAGGGGGAGUCAGGUCACAUGUCUGAGAAGACAUUUGUUGUCAGUGCUCCCCAGGCAUCUUCCUAAAUAACAGUGACUUGAGUGCUGUCACUAGAUGAGAGGAUCAGGAAUAUAGGAUUUUAUUCAGAAUUGACAUUUCUCUGCUAUAAUUUUAUUCCUGUUUAUUUUUUACACUUCUCUUUGCUUCACUAUGAAGGAAAGAUGAACCUCAGUUUAUUUACUUUUAUCCACAUCUGAUGACAUUUUGUUUUCAUUGGUUUUAGAGAGGAAUGGAGAGAGAAACUGAUGCAAGAGAGAAGCAUCAACUGGUUGCCUCAGGUACACACCAGACUGGGGAUCAUAUGUGUUCAGACCUAGGGUUGUUUGCAUGCACCCACCUCUGGACCUGGUAUCAAACCCACAACCUUUCAGUUACAGGAAGAGGCUCCAACCAGCUGAAUCACACUGGCCAGAGCUGAUACUCAAGUUUUAAACCUUAAAAUGUACAAGUUGCUUUGUACAUAAAACUAAAUGUAUUAAAAAGUUUUUUUCUCACUUAGGCCAAUGUCCCUCAUCUACAGGUUGAAGCUACAGAAGAGGAGACCUCCAUCAACUAACCUGUAAUAAAUUAUAAAUACAAAGUCUCUCGGUGGGGGGGAAUGAAACAGAAAAAAGUGUUCCCCCAAAUUGCCCCAUCAAGUCAAGCCCUGCCAGAACUAUGGCAGUUGUGAAUAGGUAGCUAAAAAACAAUGGUCUAGUAGCUACCCCAACUUCAUUUAAUCUUGUUUCUGAGAUCUAAAGUCAUGCCACAAACCCCAGCACCUUCUGUGUUUCCUAAGCCUCAUAGUCUGGGCACUAUCUCAGUGUUCUUGCCCAAUGCAGAGCCUCAAAAGUCUGUCUUUGCUUUUAUCAGUGUCCCUGGAUGAAAUGGUUUGAUAUCAGGAAAGUACUGAAACUCAUUGGUAACAAACCAGAAAAAUAUGCCAACCCUUUACUCCAUCCUGCCACUCAUUCUUGGUAGAACCUGUACUUCCUUUGUCCAAUGUGUACCGUAUUUUCAAUAAACUUUCACUCUGCUUGCUU